GGAUCUGAAUCCGACUUAAGUGACUCUGUGAUAAUAAUGAUUCGUGAGGGUGCGAUGUCUGUGGACUCUAUUACAGAUCUUGACGACAAUCAGUCACGACUGUUAGAGGCUCUCCAGCUCUCCUUGCCUGCAGAAGCCCAGAGCAAGAAAGAAAAGGCAAGGGACAAGAAACUAAGCCUGAACCCUAUUUACAGGCAGGUUCCCCGGCUUGUAGAUAGUUGCUGCCAGCAUUUGGAAAAGCAUGGUCUCCAGACAGUAGGAAUAUUCAGAGUUGGAAGCUCAAAAAAGAGAGUUAGACAGUUACGCGAAGAGUUUGACCGGGGCAUAGAUGUUGUACUAGAUGAAGAGCACAGCAUUCAUGAUGUUGCUGCUUUGUUAAAGGAAUUUCUGCGUGACAUGCCUGACCCCCUUCUCACCAGAGAACUUUAUACACCUUUCAUCAACACUCUCUUAUUAGAGCCAGAUGAGCAGCUAAGCACCUUACAGCUUCUCAUUUAUCUUCUACCUCCCUGUAACUGCGAUACCCUACACCGGCUGUUGCAGUUCCUUUCCACCGUGGCUGGCCAUGCAGAAGACACCACAGACAAAGAUGGCCAGGAGAUUACUGGGAACAAAAUGACAUCACUUAACCUGGCUACCAUCUUUGGCCCUAAUUUGUUGCACAAGCAGAAAUCUACAGACAAAGAGUUCUCAGUUCAGAGCUCAGCUCGAGCUGAAGAGAGUACUGCUAUCAUCGCUGUCGUACAAAAGAUGAUUGAAAACUAUGAAGCCCUUUUCAUGGUUUCCCCUGACCUACAGAAUGAAGUGCUUAUUAGCCUAUUAGAGACUGACCCAGAUGUUGUGGACUAUUUGCUGAGGAGGAAAGCUUCCCAGUCAUCGAGCCCUGAGAUGCUGCGAUCAGAAGGUUCCUACUCCACAGGAGGAAGACAUUCUUCCACAGACUCCAACAAAGCUUCAAGUGGAGAUGUCUCCCCUUACGACAACAACUCCCCGGUACUGUCUGAGCGCUCGCUGAUGACCAUGCAAGAAGAAGGUGCGCGCAGCCCAGAGAAGCUGUACAAGGUACCUGAACAGUACACGCUGGUUGGACAUUUGCAGCCUAAGACAAAGGAGAAUUCUUCUGCACUGCAGGCUGAAAAAGAUGUUUCUGAAGAUCAUUUUGAUAUCUGGGGCACCUGGCAUUCAACACUGAAAAGUGGCUGCAAAGAUCCAGCAACGACAGGUUCUUACGGGAACAUUUAUGAAAGCAGCUUGCUACGACCCGGACAGUGCUCUCUUUCCCAGGGGAACCUCGCCGUGUAUUCUCCUCGGUGUCAGGGCAGCUCCUCGGAGUGGGACCUGGGCAGACAGGUCAUGCGAAGGAGCCAGACAACUGCAGCCAUUCCCGAGUGUCAGCCCCAUCCCACGGUGUCUCGGGUGUGCAGUAACCCACAAAUUGAAGUCGGCGUCAGGAGUUCGGACCUGUCACACUCAAGGUCGGAGCAGCACUUGACUUUAAGCAGCGUGGAGGACCUCAGUGAGCGUGACUUGAACGCGGGUUGUUCGCCAAGCACCGCCAAGCCCUCCUACAGAAAAGAGCGACCGCCACCCCCCUACCCCGGCCCAGCAAAAACAAGCUCUGCGUUGUCACAGCGACCAAGCGUUUCUUCAACGUUGCACUCUUUGUGGAGGCAUCAACGCCCAGAAAAAGGUUCAGGGACCAGAGCAGCUGGAGGACUGCCAGCCAAAGCCCCUGACCAGGUCAACCCCAGGCAGGAGCGGCCGGGCCCGCCCACUCGAGCGGGUCACAUCAACUCCACGGCACCUCACAGUCAGAACAGUAAAAACGUUUCGGAGUUGGACUGGCAGGAUUGGCAAAGGGAGAGGUGGCAAAUUUGGGAGCUAUUAUCACCUGAUAACCCCGAUGCCCUCCCAGAAACACUUGUAUGA